AUGGUAUCAAUAAAAUUCCGCAUCAUUCAGCCCGUCAGUCCGUCGAGGGAGGCUACGAUAGAGAUCGAAGCAAAGUUGCAUAUGGUAUCCUCCUUCACCUCCCUCUCCAUCUCCAAGCUAUUUACAUCGGCUUCUGAAACCAUAUGGAAACCUCAGAGGGGCCCGCAGCUUUUCGACACAUACAACGAGCCAACCACCUGCAUCUCAGCCGAGCCACACGAACAAGCCGUCAAGGACCCGGUACAGCAUUAUUUCGGUUGCAUUGAGAUCUGCCAGCGGCCCGAUUUCUUCCAGGAAUCGAAUCAUGUCUGGGUUAAUGAACGUGAAAUUGAGCGUAAGAAGCUCAGAAUGGCAAUGGAUAAUGCUCCCAGACCUCUUUCGACGGACGACAUUAACGCAAGGCUCAAUGAAACAAUGACAAAAAGGAUGCUCAGCGUGGCAAUAGCGAUCGAGGCCCGGUACAAACGAACGAAUGUGAUGCGCAGUGCUAUCAUGAAACUUCGUUCUUCAGGCGGACAACCAAGCCUCAUCUUCAACGUGGACAGAAGCCGUGAUAAGUGGAUGAGCUCCCAGGAGUUCAAAAACGGCAUUCCAAGGGUUCGGAAUUGGAGGAAAGGAGCUCAAGGGGGACACAGGCCAGUUGAUCCGGUAAACGCUAGAGAAUUCACUCUCUCCGACAGGAUCCAAACCGGACGCCAAGAGGUGCGACUCUUUAUCAGGCAGCAUGGAAUCAACAAGGGACAAAACCCAGAUCUCAGUGACCUCGAGUACAGCAUCGAGCGAGACGUCCACGCCCAUCUUAUUGAGUUUAAUGUUCAAGAGGCGAGUAUCCAAGCAUCAUCCGGUGCCGACUCAUCUUCCACCGGUAGACAGUUCUUGAAACCAGCCAACAACGAACUCACCGACGUUGGGGUCAAGGGCACGUUCCCAGACCAGCGCAUCUCCAUCAGUCGGUUACUGAACAAUGGGAGAGACCUGAAGAAGGAGCAAUGCGACCCGAAGGGCGACUGGAAUGUUUUACGGCGGGACAGAAACGAAGGCUUUGCGAAGCCCCGCAGGAUCCGAUAUCUCCAUGUCCCUUCAAACAAUAUGGCGUGGGUUGAGAAAAUCAUCGCAAACUACUAUGCGGAUUCAAACCCGGAUGUGAGAAGCAAAGUCCAGAGCCCAGGCAUUCAAUCAUCAACACAGCUGCUUCUGCGGCCUCAAUACUGGCAUGGACAACAGCAAGGGACUCGAAGUGGUAUUGUUCAUGCGAGACACAUGCGCCCCUUGUGUGAAAUGGUAUCGUCUGACACGGGCAAGAUUGAGCAGAGCUCAAAGAACAUUGCCCUGUUUAUGCCUUAUCUUCACUGGGAGACUAAUCGUGCACGACAAACGAUAUCAAGGAUGAUUGAUGGCAAGUCGGACCGGCAACGCCAAAAGGACCGAGCCAAAAAGGAACUGCAAAGAUUACGUCGUGUCGAGAGUCGAAGUGAACUUGCAAGGCCUGGAACUCAGAAAAAAGAAGGCAAAAAUGACCCCAAACCCACUGAUAGGAAGGAUCAAAAACAUUUUCUCGCUCGGGCGCGUCGGAUUACAAAUAUGAAAAGCCUGACAUCGACCGUUGAGCUGCUUCUGCCCCGGGGAGUAAACGCGAACGUGGGAAUCGACGAGACAGGGCGCCUACAAGUUAGCAGUGAGCUUGGCCAAUACCUCAUCGACGCGGCUCGACUUUUUGAGGCAAUGUCGAUGAUGAAAGACCGACAAAUGGUUGAACAAUAUCUGUUCCACGAAGCACCGCUUCAUCCCCGCCGAACCCUACGUCAAUGUAUCAAUAGAGGAUUCAAGUCAACAGUAUCGCGUGAUCAGGACCAAACAGUCUGUCAGGAGACCAGCUGUGAUGCUGAGCCUUUUUACAAGUUCGUAUCAUUACCACAUGACUUUAUGGGAUUGGGCCAGCGAAUCAUCAUCGAAAUCGAUAAAGCCAAGCAGCUGCGGCUACAACGUCUAUCGACAGCAAGGCCCUUGACCGAGCAUCACGCCUACGAUGACCAUUAUGGAUGCGAGGAAUGCAGGCAAAAUAUCAUGCAGGUGCAACGGCUGAUAAUGGUUGACCAGAUAUGGAUGUGGAUCCUUGACGAGCAAACCAUCAUCACGUCUUUCCCACAAAGCUGGCAAAGGAACGCCAAGCAGACCAUCAAUGGCAUUCACGAGUCCAUUCGUGCCCGGCUGAGACCCUUGGUGACGACGGAGAUUGACGACCAGGUUCAAUCCAUUUACGAAAGCCAAUUCCAAGUCCUGGAUACAUUUUCGGAGGUUAUCGGCCGAGUUAAACUACAACAAGAACUUCGCGAAGCAAUGGAUGAUCUGGAUGUAAUGAUUGACAUACACGACCAGCAAAAAGAUAUAAUUCGUCGAUUUUGCCAAUAUGCAGAGCACAAUUUAUCCCCAGAAGAGGAGAAACUGCGAAGGUUUAGAGAGCAGUCUAAGGAUCUUCUCUACAAGCUAGGCAACCAGCAAAACGAGUUGCAGAGAUUAAGGAAGUGGGCACAAAGUACAGCAGAAGCUAUGGACGACCUAAUUUUCCAGAAGCAGCAACAAGCCAGUCUGGUACAGGCAUGGGAAUCAGCAAGACAAGCCGAUGAAUCCACCAGCCAAGGGCGGGCGAUCAUGCUGUUUACUGUGGUGACCAUUGUCUUUGUACCUCUUUCCUUCAUCUCAAGCAUAUUCGGAAUGAAUAACAUUGAGUUCACUGGCCAAGGCCCAAUGACUCUGAACCAGCAGUUCAAACUCAUGUGUACGGUGAUCCCCCGCCACGUUUCACAGACUUUUGUGUGGAUUUGA